AUGAGCGGUGCAAAAUUACGCGGCGAUCGUCUGAACAGCCCCAUGGUGCUAUCUGCCUAUAGACCCGUCCCAACCACCUACUACUACUACGAUCGCCAUAGCGAGGAGUGCCGAUCGGAACUGAACUCGAACAGCUGCCAGCUACCAUACCAGUUUGUUCACCGCGAUGAAUGCGUACGAACCUGCCUGCGUCGCCAU